AUUUCACUGCUCAAGGGCGUUGUGCAUUAAGGUCUUAACUUUCAACUCUAUUCCCGACUCUUCCUAGUCCCCUGAUUCAUUUACAGUGAUCUCUAGUGAAUGUCUUUGUCCGAUGCCCUCGUAAUGUAUAUGACAGUUUCUUCAUCGGUGUAGAUGAACCGUUGACUUUCCCUUCUUGAAGACGACAUGAGAUGUUUGUGACUACCAGUCCCACACUACGUGGGACGCUUGAAAUAUAUUGUUAGCCGAGUUUUAAGGGAUAUGAAAGAUGCGCAUGGCACUGAAAAUUUUGAGUUCAUGGGGCUAUCAACCUGCUGUAUGGUAUGGUGGAUGUGAUAGCCUUGAUAGUGUAGGUUCGACAUCUCUGUAGACUCCUAUAAGCUGGGGUUUAAAUUCGUAUCCAUUAAUAACUACUUCAUGUUGACGAUAUCUGCAUUGGUCCCGACGCUUGCUUCGAGAACUAUUUAAUUUAGUGUACGGUAUACGUAGCCCAAUAUUCCUGUUCACUAAUGACAUGCUUCUGACACAAUACAGAUCCUCAAUUACUCGAAGAUUUUUGUAAUGUGAUCAUUGGGUAUCAUAAGUAGGUUUGUCAACAUAUUUUCUUUUUAGCCUGAAGCUUGAGUCUCCCUCCAGCUUAAUAUUCCUACAUUAAAAAUAUUUAGCCGUUUAUGUUGCAAUUUCUAGUGAUGUUAGCAUGGGUGAUUAUAAACUUGGGUGUUGCUGAACUUGCACUCCACAUUUUGCUUCGUGUUUUACCCUUCACAUUCCGCAAGCGUAAAUAAAUUUUCACAGUAAAUUUAUGGAGAGUCUAUUGCUUCUUAUAUCAACUCUCUAAAUAUAAUAGAAUUACGAUUUCGAUUCGUUUUAUCCUCCCUGUGUUUCCAGCGAAUCAGCUUCUCCAAUGCUAUGGAAGACCCGAUAAGUUGUUGGCUGGAUGGUGUUCCGUUUUAAAAAUCCCAUAUCCUACUCCAGAAAGCGAAUUUCGCCAAAUCAUCUAUAGGGAUCUCUGAGAUGUCCUUAUUUAAAUCGACCACAAUAUGUAGGAGUUGUCAAUUCAUGUUACGAGAAUCGAAUUCUCCCCAAUGUCUUUUCAACAGACUUAGUUAUCGUGUUAGACCAGUUCACUGGGAGAGAAAAAUCCCUGAUUGCCGAUAUAUCAGAACCUUAUUCAUGCAGGCGAUAAAAAACAUUUAGACUAGUUUGGGAUUUAAACCAGACAAUCAAUGUUAAAGAUAACUUGGGACAACACAAGUAGGUGACAAUUUUAUCCAACUGUUAUAUGCGUUGUACUCAAUGUAUAAGUUAACUCAAUGGAUAUUAGCAGAGACGUUAAUGAUUGAGAUGAAUAAUAUAAUUUCGCAUAAAUAUAGACAUUUAUUUCCUGGAUUUAUUUGUCACUAUUAUUCUGUGGUUGCUACAUCGAUAAAUGCAGGUAUGAGGGUUAGUAUAACCAUUUUACUGGAGCUUAAAGAGUGUUCAAAGCGUUUUACUUAUUGAUUUGUGCUUUGAUGAUUUCAAAUGUAUGGGGGUGGUUAUCACUUCCUGGUUUCCACAUGUUCGAAGAUUUCUUAUAGAUUGACUUAUAAGUCUUAUGAUGUAAUGUAAGAUUUGGCUUUUAUUUCUUUAGUGCGUAACCACAUAUCUCGUUGGAUUACUGUUUGACCUCCGUCACAGUUUAUGUUUUCUUGCGCUAUUUUUGUAUAUUUCCUCGUAUGCUUGUUCUUUUUGGUUUCAUUGUUCUGUUGUUUCAGUUUCUCAGCCUAUCUUUCUAAUGCUUUUCAAAUUUUAUAAGCCUGGAUAUCGUCUCAUUUCACCUCACCGUUCAAUUUAAUGGUUUUUGAUGCGAGAAUAGACGACGACAAAGUCGAGUCUGAUGUUCCGGGUAUUAUAUAUCUCUCAACUAUACCGAAUGGGAUGAACGUUAGCAUGAUUUCGGACAUUAUGCAACAGUUUGGUAAAAUUGGCAGAGUUUACUUGGUACCAAAAAAGAAAAAAGUAGGAAAAUACCGUCAAUAUGAAGAAGGUUGGGUUGAGUUUCUGAACAACAAAAUAGCUAGGCGUGUUGCCAAGCGGCUUAAUUGUACAGAAGUUCUUGGAUCAAAGCGUAAUCCGUGGUUUGGUGAACUGUGGAACAUUAGAUUUUUGAAAGAUACUUCAUGGAACGACCUUUUUGGCGCUGAACGCGAAGAAGAAGAACAAAGACGUACAGCUCAUGAUCGUGAUAUAGUGGUCGCAAAGCAUCAAGCUCGCCAAUUUUCUGCAGCUCUGGAUGCAAAGAAACUAGAGAAAAAGAUGAAGCAAGUUAAAGGGAAAAGAUUUACUGAAAGAAAACCAGUCCGAUUGAAUCGACGUCAAAAGCUUACAGAAGAUGAAAUCAAAGAAAAACUUGCUCAUUCUAGUCGUACACCGCCUGAAGGAUGUCUUGGCUUCUCAGCUGUUUCGAAUCCUGAAUUUAUGGGCAGUCUUUUUGCCGGUGGUCUGUAACCUUUUUUACUGAUUUAUUGUAUAUGAGAUGUUUAUAUAGUUUAAAUAAAUUUUUUCUGACG